ACUGGCGGUAUAUCACGUGAAGCUAGAGAGAGACAGGAAGCCAGGAUGAGACGAGACAGAGAGAAAGGUCUUUAUACCAGCUCCAAAGACAGAUCUGGUGAUCGGGAUAAAAGCGAUGAUAGUAGUACAAGAGAAAGAGAAUGGGAGCGAGACAGGGACAGAGACAGAGGUAGAGGUCGAGACAGAAAAAGUGAGCGGAGGGACAGAGAUUCUGUGCGUAGAGAUAGAGAAUCAGAGCGGAGAGGUAGAGAUUGGUCAGAAACACCCAGCGUUCGAUUCAAAGAUGAACCAAGAACACCCAGCUUUAAGGUUAAAGAUACUCCAUCAAGAACAUCGUGGGACGAUGAUGAUCCUACGCCACCACGCCAUUCCAGCUGGGACUUGCCAACACCACGCACUUACAAUACGCAGGAGAACGGUGAGUGGUCAACACGCAGGCCUACACCAGCGCACCGUUACAACGUAUGGGCCAAGGAUCGAAAGCGCACCGGAGCAACCCCCUUGCCAGGCAAAG